GAUCCGUCACGUGGUGUAGCUCAGCUCCGCCUUUUGCAAAAUGGAGUUGUGUGAGUCUGUGCAGAGAGGGCUGCAGCAGCUCGCGGACCCCUCGGUCUUCAUCACGAGCUGCUACCGGGAGCUUCUGGAGGUCUCUUACCGGAGCCUGCUCUCCUCUCAGGCGGACCCCGGAGUCCUCGAUCAGGCCGAGCUGAAGCAGGUGGAGCGGAUCGCGCUGAAGCAGAGUCACACUGCAGCCACCACCUUCAUCCUGGAGGCGGUCAAACUCAACGCAGACAAGUCAACCAUAAGCUCCUGCCUCGAAGAGCUCACAUUCAGUGCAGAGAGAAUAGACAUUUUCUAUGAAGCACAUCAGAAACAUAAAAAAGAACUGGAGCGACUGUUAGCAAGCAUAGGAAGGUGUCCCCCUCAUAUUAACGAUGUGUCGUGGCGUCUUCAAUACCACGUGAAAAACAAUCAGGUCGAUAAGGUCAACGAGCCUUUCUACUGCAUUGCCCUGAACACUGAAAAUGAAGGAUCCCCGGAAGAUAUAAACUUCACAUGCACAGUGGAGCAGCUGCAGGAUUUGGUGGGGAAGCUGAAGGACGCGGCUAAGUGUGUGGAGAAAGCCAGUCAGAUGUGAUGCCGGUGUCCAGUUUCCGCAUGUUUCUGCUCCACAAAGCACUGAACCUCAGCAGCUCCAGCGCACUGCUUUCCUCUUUGUAGCUUAUUUUGUACCUGAGAUUGACAAGACGUGUAUGCAUGCGAGACAAUUAUCAUUCCAGCUUUUGUGUUUCAAAUAAAACUGAAAAAAAAAUACAUUAAAAAA